AUGGCCUUCUCCCCGCGCUCGCCGUGGUCGCGCUCCCGGAAGCCCGACAUCUACUCCACCGUCGUGGAUGACGACGACGACGACCCCUCCGCGCUGCCGCCGCUCCUCCAGCGCCUCCCCAAGGACUUCGGCGGCGCGUCCUUCGACGACGACGACGACCCCUACUCCUCGGACCUCGACGACGCCUCGCUCUCCGCCACCGUCGUCAUCAAGCGCGGCGCCCCCGCCUCCACCUCGGCCUCCUCCCGAUCCCCGUUCCUGGAUCUGCGCCGCUCCAGCCCCCGCGCCGCCGAGGAGGACCCGUACUCCACCUUCGUCGUUCACGGCACCGGCCGCUCCGCUGGGGCCUCCAGCCCGCACGAGUCCGUCUCCGGCACCUUCAUACGCCACCCCGGCGCCUCCUCCAGCCCCCGCGAAUCCGUCUCCGGCACCUUCAUACGGCACCCGGGUGGCUCCUCCAGCCCCCGCGAGUCCGUCUCCGGCACAUUCAUCCGCCGCCCCGGUGGCUCCCACGAGUCCUUCUCCGGCACCUUCAUUCACCGCACCAGCGGCGCCUCUAGUCCACGCGACUCCGUCUCCGGUGCAGGCGUAGGGUUUGGGUCUUCCUUCUCGACCCCUUCGGCCGGGCAGGCGGAGGAGGACCGGCAGCCGUCGCUUCUGAUGCAGCAGCAGCAAGCGAGGCGGCAGGCAUCGAUGAGCUCGGUCCCAGACAGCGUUGCCAGGGAGGAUCCUUCAACCAAGUAUGAGCUGCUCCAUGAGCUCGGGAAAGGUUCAUAUGGUGCAGUAUACAAGGCAAGAGAUCUCAGAACACAGGAGCUUGUGGCCGUCAAGAUCAUCUCCUUAUCAGAAGGGGAGGAAGGAUAUGAAGAUAUAAGGGGAGAAAUUGAGAUGCUACAACAAUGUAGCCAUCCCAAUGUUGUCCGCUACUUUGGAAGUUAUCAAGGAGAAGAAUACCUUUGGAUAGUUAUGGAAUACUGUGGUGGUGGAAGCGUUGCUGACUUGAUAGGCAUUACAGAGGAGCCUCUUGAUGAACCGCAAAUAGCUUAUAUAUGUCGAGAAUCACUGAAGGGUCUCGCUUACUUGCACACAAUUUUCAAAGUACAUAGAGAUAUCAAGGGUGGCAACAUUCUACUGACUGAGCAAGGCGAGGUGAAGUUGGGCGAUUUUGGCGUGGCUGCCCAGCUCACAAGAACCAUGUCAAAGCGCAACACGUUCAUUGGUACUCCACACUGGAUGGCACCAGAGGUCAUUCAAGAAAGCCGUUAUGAUGGGAAGGUUGAUGUUUGGGCACUUGGUGUGUCUGCAAUCGAGAUGGCAGAGGGCAUGCCACCUAGAUCCACUGUGCAUCCAAUGAGAGUGAUCUUCAUGAUAUCUAGUGAACCUGCACCAAUGCUGGAGGACAAGGAGAAGUGGUCUCUUCUUUUCCAUGAUUUUAUUGCCAAGUGCCUAACGAAAGAUGCAAGACUCCGCCCGGCUGCAGUGGAGAUGCUGAAGCACAAAUUUAUUGAGAAGUGCAACACUGGAGCUUCUAAAAUGUUGGCAAAGAUCAAGGAAGCAAAGGAGAUCAGAGACACCCUUGCGCAAAACCAGCCGCCUGACCCUGACGAUGAAAUGUAUGAUGCAACUGUUCGAAUUAAUGAAGAUUAUGGGGAAACUGUUCCGCUAAACUCCCAGCCAAAUCAUGAAACACAUAAUGAUGGUUGGGCAGGUGAUUUUGGUACAAUGAUAGUUCAUCCCGAAGAUGGUGAUGAAGUGGCGGAAUCAUCCAUUUUCCCAAAAGCAGAGUUCAUACCGGGCCUUGGUAGCAUCAGCUCAUUCACACAUGAUCCAAAGAGGGCUGAGCUUAUUUCAAAACUUUGGGCGGAGAAUGCAGCUGAUAGUGAUGCCAGUAAAGAGCGGGACUUAGAUGGACUUCCUGACACCCAAGAACCAAGAUCAAUGCCACCUUCAACUGGAACAGUUAAACAGAACAAGGGUAUAGAAGGGACUGUGUUGCGACAAGAUAAUCUAAUUAGCUCUGCAUCACCAGGUGUUGCCAGCACGAUGACCAAAUUAAAUAGCAGCCCAAGCCGUAAAGCAUUUUCGGUUCAGGAUAAGCUCUGGUCAAUUUAUGCUGCUGGAAACACUGUACCUAUUCCAUUUCUUAAGGCAAUUGACGUUUCACCGCUAGCUCUAGUAUCAGAUAGUGUAGCAGGCAAUGGCCCGGCUGGUUCAAGUACAACCGACGCCUUGGAAGCAGUUAGGGAGCUAUUCAGUGGCGAUGGGCAGGCAAAGAAAGGGCGCAAAGGGCAAAAUGAAGUCCCUCUUCCUCCUGGUGUGCACCAUAGAUUGACGACAAGUCCCACGUUGAUGAACCUGGCCCAAGCUCUUGCUUACCAUAAGACGUGCUACGAGGACAUGCCUCUGCAAGAUUCACAAGCGGCAGAAGAGCAGCAGACGAUACAGAACCUUUGUGAUACGCUUCGGACCAUACUGAGAAUUAUUCACGGCGGGCAUUGUGAUUCGGCUCAGCCUGGGAUCGAAAGCGGGCACGGCAUGGUGUGCCAACUGCAGGUCGACGCUGAUGGAGCUAUUGCGCCGGCGGAGGCGGCGGCCAUGGUGAGGGAGAUGCGCAUCAACUCCGCGCCCCGCGGCAACCGCGCGCCGCUCCUCGACAACGGGAUCCCCGGCUCCCCGCUCGCGCUCGCGGCUUUGCAGGAGACGUCCAGGAUCCUCUCCGAUCUCGAGGAGGGCAACAACGUCCAGGCAGCCAACGUCGGGUUCUGCCGGGUCAUCAAGUUGGCAAGGAAAGACGCGGGGAAGCUGGUCUUCGCCACCGUCGCGCUGCUCGUCGCCUCGCUCAGUAACCUCCUCGUUCCCAAGUAUGGCGGCAAGAUUAUCGAUAUCGUGUCAAGAGAUGUUCAGAAUCCAGAAGAUAAGGCUCAAGCCCUGGCAGAUGUGAAUGGCACGAUUCUGUACAUUGUGGUCAUAGUUGUAACCGGGUCAGUUUGCACAGCUCUUCGGGCAUGGCUAUUCAAUUCUGCUAGUGAGAGAGUUGUGGCUCGACUUAGACAGGACUUGUUCAGUCACCUGAUAAACCAGGAGAUAGCGUUUUUUGAUGUGACUAGAACAGGAGAGCUCUUAAGCAGGCUUUCUGAAGAUACCCAAAUAAUUAAGAAUGCCGCUACGACAAACCUUUCAGAAGCACUGCGUAAUGUUACUACUACAGCUAUUGGUCUUGGCUUUAUGUUUUCAACUUCAUGGAAGCUAACAUUGUUGGCGCUUGUAAUUGUUCCGGUGAUAUCAGUCGCUGUGCGUAAAUUUGGGCGUUUUCUUCGUGAGCUUUCUCAUCAGACACAAGCUGCAGCUGCUGUAGCUUCGUCCAUAGCUGAGGAAUCUUUUGGUGCCAUUCGCACUGUAAGAGCCUUUGCCCAGGAGCCUCAUGAAGUUUCACGAUAUGGAGGGAAAGUAAACGAGACACUGAAACUUGGUCUCAAGCAAGCUAAAGUUGUUGGACUAUUUUCUGGAGGGCUUAAUGCUGCAUCAACCCUGUCGGUUGUUAUUGUUGUUAUUUAUGGAGCUAACUUAACCAUCAAUGGUUACAUGACAACUGGUUCUCUAACGUCAUUCAUAUUAUACAGCCUUACAGUUGGUUCGUCAUUCUCUGCCUUGUCGGGACUAUACACAACUGUAAUGAAAGCAUCAGGUGCAAGUCGUAGAGUUUUUCAACUUCUUGACCGGACUUCCUCGAUGACAACUGCUGGGGACAAAUGUCCAAAAAAUGAAAAUGAUGGCGAAGUUGAGCUAGACGAUGUCUGGUUUGCAUAUCCUUCUCGUCCUUCUCAUAUGAUUCUUAAGGGAAUCACAUUGAAGCUAGCACCAGGUUCAAAGGUUGCACUUGUUGGGCCAAGUGGUGGUGGAAAAACUACAAUAGCAAAUUUGAUUGAAAGGUUUUAUGACCCUCUAAAAGGAAAGAUCUUGCUAAAUGGAGUGCCUUUGGUAGAAAUUUCACAUCAGUAUCUCCACCAAAAGGUGAGCAUAGUUAGCCAGGAGCCUGUGCUCUUUAACUGCUCCAUUGAAGAGAAUAUUGCUUAUGGACUGGAGGGCAAAGCUAGCUCUGCUGAUGUUGAAAAAGCAGCUAAAAUGGCGAACGCGCAUGACUUCAUAUGCAGCUUCCCAGACCAAUACAAGACCGUUGUUGGAGAGCGAGGCAUUAGGUUAUCCGGUGGGCAGAAGCAGAGGGUCGCCAUUGCGAGAGCUUUGCUUAUGAACCCACGGGUGCUUCUCUUGGAUGAAGCUACCAGUGCUCUGGACGCUGAAAGCGAAUAUCUUGUUCAGGAUGCAAUGGACUCCUUAAUGGCAGGGAGGACGGUUCUUGUGAUAGCUCACAGGCUCUCAACCGUCAAGAGCGCCGACACUGUCGCCGUCAUCUCUGAAGGCCAGAUAGUGGAGAGUGGCACGCACGACGAGCUCCUUGACCGUGACGGCAUCUACACGGCCCUGGUGAAGAGGCAGCUGCAAGUGCCCAAGUUUGAAGGGAACAGCAACGGGACGGUCGAAGUAGAACCCACUAGUAAUGGUCAAUAGUGUUUC